CGUGACCACUUAUCGCUGGACCACCACUUCCAGCAUCACAGCCCAACUGUCAAGAAGCAAUUAUGAAGAACAUCAACCCCCAUUUCGUCCAAACCAAAUAUCUAAAUCUAUUUCUGCACACCAGAUUCAGAUGGAUUGAUAGUUCGAUCUUGAUGCCCCCAACUAUUCUUGUUUCCUUCUUGCUCCAAUGGCAACCACCGGCUUACUCUUCCAUUUACAUCCGACCGCCUUCUCCUCAGCUCGUCCGCAAAAUGCAACCUCCAGGCUCCACAGCCAUUGCCCACCUCAGGGGAUCCAUGCCGCAGGAAGAAGGUGCCUUCUCAGGGCGAAAUCCUCCAAUGGCCAUCCACAGAUCGGUGCCUCCUUCAGUGAUGGGGUGCUAGAUGGGAAGGUGCCCGGAGGUGGGCCGCCGGAGCAAGAGGGGAACACCGUCAGCAUCACUGUCGUCGGCGCCUCCGGCGACCUCGCCAAGAAGAAGAUCUUCCCGGCGCUUUUCGCCUUGUUCUACGAGGACUGGCUCCCUAAGCAUUUUACAGUUUUUGGUUAUGCACGUAGCAAGAUGAGCGAUGAAGAGCUCAGGAACAUGAUUAGCAUGACCCUAACAUGCCGGAUUGAUCAGAGGGAGAACUGCAGUGAUAAGAUGGAACAAUUUCUGCAGAGGUGCUUCUACCAAUCCGGGCAUUACAACUCAGAAGAAGGAUUUUCUGAAUUGGAUAGAAAGCUUACAGAAAAAGAGGCUGGCAAGCUACCGAACCGGUUAUUCUACUUGUCAAUUCCACCAAAUAUAUUCGUGGAUGUGGUAAGAUCUGCCAGCCGCACUGCUUCAUCUCCAAGUGGCUGGACGAGAUUCAUAGUGGAGAAGCCAUUUGGCCGCGAUUACGAGUCGUCUGGAGAGCUCACCCGAUCCCUGAAGAUGUACUUGGCCGAGGAGCAAAUCUUCAGGAUUGACCAUUAUCUGGGCAAGGAGCUGGUGGAAAACCUGUCGGUGCUCCGUUUUUCCAACCUCGUUUUCCAGCCGCUGUGGUCAAGAGAUUACAUUCGUAAUGUGCAGCUCAUAUUUUCAGAAGACUUUGGCACAGAGGGUCGAGGCGGGUACUUCGACAACUACGGGAUCAUCCGGGACAUCAUGCAGAACCACCUGCUGCAGAUCCUGGCCCUUUUCGCCAUGGAAACCCCGGUUAGCCUGGCCGCCGAGGACAUCCGCAACGAGAAGGUGAAGGUGCUGCGGUCGAUGCGGCGGCUGAAGCUGGAGGACGUGGUGGUGGGGCAGUACAAGGGCCACACGCGGGGCGGCAAGUCGUUCCCGGCCUACGUGGACGACCCGACGGUGCCCAGCGGGAGCGUGACGCCGACCUUCGCGGCCGCGGCGCUCUUCAUCGACAACGCGCGCUGGGACGGGGUGCCGUUCCUGAUGAAGGCCGGCAAGGCGCUGCACACGCGGCGCGCCGAGAUCAGGGUGCAGUUCAGGCGCGUCCCCGGGAACCUGUACAGGGGAAACGUGGGCACCGACCUGGACAUGGCCACCAACGAGCUGGUGCUCCGCGUGCAGCCCGACGAGGCCAUCUACCUCAAGAUCAACAACAAGGUGCCGGGGCUCGGCAUGAGGCUCGACAGCAGCAACCUCAACCUCUUCUACUCCGAGAGGUACCAGAGGGAGAUCCCGGACGCGUACGAGCGGCUGCUGCUGGACGCCAUCGAAGGGGAGCGACGCCUCUUCAUCCGGAGCGACGAGCUCGACGCCGCCUGGGCCAUAUUCACACCCGUGCUCAAGGAGCUCGAGGACAAGAGGGUGGCGCCGGAGCUCUACCCGUACGGUAGCCGGGGCCCGGUCGGCGCGCACUACCUCGCUGCCAACUACAACGUCAGGUGGGGGGACAUCAGCAGCGACGGCUCCUUCUAGCUAGUGGUAGCUUCUUCUUCUUUUUUUUAACUCUGCAUCAUCAGCAUCUCCAUUGAACUCAGAGCAAAGAGGCCCGCAUUGAUUAUUGGAAUUGUUUACACCAGCUCCUGGAUUCAUUUCAUUGCUCUACCCACAUAUGCUCACGCGAAAACAGACACGAUUAGAAUUUUGUGUUUUUUACUUUUCUUUUAGUUUUCACUCUCUUACAUAUCCUAAGGCGCCAUUGAUGUGUGUGUGUGUGUGUAUUCAUGGCUUAGUCCUUGGCUUGUCUAAAGCAAGUGUGGAAAUGCUGGAGACCAAGCUUAGACCCUUUGCUUUGAGCUUGAUGAACAUGGUCAUGUUUAUAAAGCGAGGCAUCGAUAAUCAAACAA